AGCUCGGCACCUGAUACCAAAAAGUAAACAGGGUCGUCAAGAAUCAGGAGUCAGGCGUCUGUGCUAGACCUAGCCUAAAGGAGUUUGUCAUGUGAGCAGACCUUUGCAAUAAGGACCUAAUCUUGAGGAACACCGACAUGUUUUGUACGGGUUUGUUUUAAUUCUUUAAACGUGUGCAUUGUUUUUUGUUGUGCGUUGGUUGCGGUAGCAGGCUAAGCAGUUGAUAGCAGGCUAGCUUGUGCACUUCAGCCUUCCAUCGUAUCGUUACUUUUGCGGCGCGGUGGCACUCGGGGGCUGUAUACGUGGCUAUGACGUGUCUUUCUGUUAGCAUUGUCGAAAAAGUGGUUUGAGACUAUAUCUGUGUCGUUAAAGUGUUAUUCGGGCUACACCCACCUGUCACCCGCAAUGCCCUUCGCUUCCUGCAUAUUUCCCAGCAUGCCGUCAGCACCGAUGGCUUAAUUUCCAAUGGAGAACACUUGGUACGACGACUAGAUAAUAGAUCACUAGACAGAUGACCGCGAUGAAGCCUGACCACCCGAGUGUUGGUGCUGUGGCCGAGGAAGGAGCGUCGGAGCGUCUGAGCCGAAGAACCUACAGAAGUUCAUCCCACGUUCGGGGCCUGGUGGACGGGCUGCUGGCUCUCCGGCAGGGUGGCAUCCUGUUCGACGUGGUUCUGCAAGUGGAGGGUCGACCCAUACAAGCCCACCGCAUACUUCUGGCAGCCUCUUGUGAUUAUUUCAGGGGAAUGUUUGCUGGAAGCCUUCGGGAGAGCCAGCAAAAGGAAAUUCCAAUACAUGGGGUGUCAUAUUUGGCCAUGAACAAAAUACUGGACUACAUUUAUACUUCUGAGAUUGAGCUGGACCUGGAGUGUGUGCAGGAAGUCCUGGUAGCUGCCACACUAGUACAGAUUGAAAAUAUCAUCAACUUCUGUUGUGAGUUUCUCUUCUCCUGGCUGGAUGAGAGCAACAUUUUGGAAGUGCAUCGCCUCGCAGAGCUCUAUGGACUGCGGCAGCUUAACGCCAGGGUCCACUCCUACAUCCUCAGGAACAUUCAGAGUUUGUCACGAACUGAAGCUUACCGACAACUGCCACAAGAUGAAGUCUUCCGAGCGCUGAGCAGUGACAAGCUUCAGGUGAACAGUGAGAAUGAGGUGUAUGAGGCAGCACUUCAUUACCACUACAGUCCUGAGCAGGUGGAAACUGACCAGGUGUGUCUGCAGGUAUGUUCCAAGCAAAGUCUCAAGAUGCUCGAAGCUGUGCGUUUCUGUCUGAUCGACAAACAAGUGCUGGAGCGACUGCACGGCAGACUGAGCAAGUGUCCGCUGAAAGACUCUGUGUCGGCCGCUCUGCGCUACCACGAGCAGGAGAUCUGGCAACCCGUCCUCCAGAGUCCUCUGACCCAGCCGCGCUCCACCUUCCACUGCAUCUUGGGCUUCGGGGGUAUGUUCAAUUCCAGCUCCCUCACAGAGGGCGAGAACUUGUUUCAGGUGUUCCACCCGAGCUGGGGAGAGUGGAGGACUCUCGGUCCAGCUCACGCCAACCGACUGUCCAACCAGGGCGUCGCUGUGCUCAACAAUUUUGUUUAUCUUAUUGGAGGAGACAAGAACACAAGUGGAUUUCGGGCUGAGUCUCGCUGUUGGAGGUACGACCCUCGUCACAACACUUGGUGCUCCAUCCAGCCUCUGCAGCAGCAGCAUGCCGACCACUGUGUGUGUGUGUUGGGCGGAUACAUUUAUGCCAUCGGAGGGCGGGACUACAGCAGUGAGCUGGACACCGUGGAGCGCUACACCCCACACACCAACAAGUGGGAAUUUGUAUCGCCCCUGAAGCGAGAGGUUUACGCCCACGCUGGAGCAGCGGUUGAUGGGAAAAUGUACAUAACAUGUGGGCGCCGUGGAAUGGCGUACCUCAGGGAGACGUACUGCUUCGACCCCGCAGCCAAUCACUGGACACCGUGCGCAGAGGGCCCCACGGAGCGGGCCUGGCACGGCACGGCCGCCGUUAACGGGCGUGUAUAUGUUUUUGGAGGAAGCAAUGACGAGCGCGGAUAUCGGCGCGAUGUCCUGAAGGUGGCCUGCUUCGACCCUGCAGUCAACUCCUGGUCUCUAUUGUCCCCUCUCCCGGCUGGGCACGGAGAACCCGGCAUAGCGGUGCUGAACGCUCGCAUUUACAUCCUGGGCGGCCGUUCUCACGACAAGGGCCGCAGAAUGAAAUACGUUCACGCGUACAACACCGAAACAGACGAGUGGGAGAACGCUGCCGAGUUUAAGGAGUGCGUCUCGGGCCUGGCAGCCUGCGUGGCGCUGGUGCCCCCCGCUGUGAUCGCUCAGGCCAGAAGCUGGGAGCAGUGCACAAAGUAUCUGUGGGAAGACAUGGACAUGGUGAACACAGAGGAUUCUAGUGAGGAUUGAAACCAUGUAUCCAGCAUGUUGACACUUGUGAUGACAGCAGCCUAUUUUUCCAUCUGCCUGGUGACCACUUCGAGUGCCUCUGAAACUAAACGUCAUUUAGGACCCAAGCACCUACUUCAUCAUACUCUCAAACUCUGCACUAGUGCUGUUGUCUGGACGUCUUCAACUGGUAGAGGCAGUACAAAUGGUUGAUUCCCCUUGUUCUGUUGUUAUUUGCUCAGUAGGCUACAGUUUCCACAGACCACUAUGAACUUAUCUUUAGCAUUUAGUUGCAUGCUUAAGCAGUUACAGGUCAUAUCAGAGAGGAGUUCUCAUUGCUUCCAAAGCACAAGCUAUCGCUGUGACUUGGUUACACCUGGAGCCUGUGUAUUAAUCAGCAGAUGCUCAGAUGGACGCGAGGCCUGUUUCCUCUGUCAGAGUUGUAUGAUAAGUUGCCAUGUUUGUAAAUGUAUUUUGGGUGUCAGGUAUGUACAGUAUAUGACUGAUCAAAAGCAGCUUUUGUAUCAUUUUAUCAAACAUGCAUAAGGUAUUAAGGUUCUUUAAGGAAAUUCAAGAGUCUGAUGAAGACUAGUUUUACUUUUGGGUCCACGUCGAGCUUUGCUCCACGCUGCUGCUCGUUGCCUGACUGUUGAAAUAGGCAGACGAUAUGCUACCUGACUGUUGUCUGCACUACUAUGCAACCUUCAUGUCAUACAAAGCUUGAAGAAUAAAUAUAAUCAUAACUUAAAAAAGAUUAAUUUUAUCCUUAUCAUGAUUAACUGUUGGUCUUAAGAAGAGUUUGCUUUAAGGUACUGUUGGCUUCAUGAAUCCAAUAAAACGAGGGUCUUGGUGUUUCUGCAUCAGCGUUGUAGCACUGACACUUCUGUGAUGAUCAUGACAAGCUAAGGAUUUUCUACAUGCAUAACUUUUUGGGAGCUUUGACUUGUUCCUCAAAUAAAGGAUUUGACCUUU